UUCAUCAAAUUGUCCCAUCCAUUACUACACUCUCCUUCUCUCACUUUCUCCCAAGAAAAAUGACUCAAAUCAAAGAGUUUUUCACCAAAUUUUCAAAUUCUAGCAAACACAUUUCCUCCUCAAACAAAAACAAGAAAUUCUUUUGGGCUCUUUUUGCAACUUUGUUAGUUGUUGCUGCUGUAAUCGGCAUUGUUGUUGGAGUGAAUUCACAUGAAUCCUCCGACUCUCAGCCUCAUCAUGGGAUCCUCAAAACCUCAUGUAGCAGCACCAGGUUUCCUGAUUUAUGCUUCUCAGCGCUUGCCAAUGUCCCUGAAGCCGCCCAGAAAGUGACCAGCCAAAAGGAUGUCAUUGAAUUGUCUCUAAACCUCACCACCACCACCGUUGAGCACAACUAUUUCACCGUCGAGAAGCUUCUCGCCACCAGGAAGAAGCUCACCAAGCGUGAAAAGACUGCUCUCCAUGACUGUCUCGAGACCAUAGACGAGACUCUUGAUGAAUUGCGCAAAGCUAAGGAGGAUCUCCAAGAAUACCCUAAUAAGAAAUCUCUAACGCAACACGCUGAUGACCUCAAAACCUUGUUGAGUGCCGCCAUGACCAACCAGGAAACAUGCCUUGACGGGUUCUCUUACGAAGAUGCUGAUAAAAAAGUGAGGAAGGCACUGUUGAAGGGCGAGGUUCAUGUUGAGAAAAUGUGCAGUAACGUGCUUGCCAUGAUCAAGAACAUGACAGACACUGAUAUUGCAAAUGAGCAAAAGACGAGCAACAGGAAGCUGAAGGAGGAGGUCGUGGAUGAAAGUGGUUGGCCGUCAUGGUUGUCGGCUGGGGACAGGAAGCUGUUGCAGUCAUCAACGGUGACACCAAACGUGGUUGUGGCAGCCGACGGAAGCGGAAACUAUAAGACUGUGUCGGCUGCUGUGGCGGCUGCACCGGAGGGAGGCAGUAAGAGGUACAUUAUCAAAAUUAAAGCAGGUGUUUACAGAGAAAAUGUGGAGGUGCCGAAGAAGAAGAAAAACAUAAUGUUCAUCGGAGAUGGAAGAAAAAAUACGAUCAUUACCGCUAGUAGAAAUGUGGUUGAUGGAAGCACAACAUUCAACUCUGCUACAGUUGCUGCUGUUGGAGAAGGGUUCCUAGCCCGAGACAUAACCUUCCAAAACACAGCCGGUCCUUCGAAGCACCAAGCAGUUGCUCUCCGUGUGGGGGCUGAUCUCUCUGCAUUUUACCAAUGCGAUAUGUUGGCAUAUCAAGACACACUCUAUGUUCACUCAAAUCGUCAAUUCUAUAUCAACUGUUUAGUAGCUGGCACUGUCGACUUCAUCUUCGGCAAUGCGGCCGCCGUGUUCCAAGACUGUGACAUACAUGCCCGAAAACCCAAUUCAGGCCAAAAGAAUAUGGUCACAGCCCAGGGAAGAACCGACCCUAACCAAAACACAGGCAUUGUCAUUCAAAAAAGUAGAAUUGGAGCCACUUCUGAUUUGCUGCCUGUUCAGAGUAGUUUCCCAACUUAUCUUGGAAGACCAUGGAAGGAGUAUUCAAGAACAGUGAUUAUGCAAUCAGCUAUCAGUGAUGUGAUUCAGCCUGCUGGUUGGCAUGAGUGGAGUGGUAACUUUGCGCUAAGCACAUUGUAUUAUGGAGAGUAUCAGAACAGUGGUGCUGGUGCAGGGACUGCAAAGAGAGUUACAUGGAAGGGAUUCAAGGUGAUCACAAGUUCAACAGAGGCACAACAGUUCACUCCUGGUAGCUUCAUUGCUGGUGGUAGUUGGUUGCGGGCAACUGGAUUUCCAUUCUCUCUUGCUCUGUAAAUUUAUUAAAAUUGAGCAUGUGUUGCUAGCUUUCCAGUGGAUCCAUCUUUUUUCCUUAGGAUUUGGGUGAUUGUGUUGUGCGGUCAUGGUUGUAAUUGUUGCUCAUUAGUUAAGGGUAUUGCAAUUGCGCCCCCUUCUAAGU